AACCAACCUCCACCCGAACACGCAUACACACACCCGGAGUGAGGGGAGUGCUGCUGAGACAGACGGAGAGGCGCAGUGGAGCACAUGCAGUAGGUUCUCCAGCCUGCUUUUCUACUAUUUACGCGGAAACUAGCUUUAGCGUAGCUCUUCUUUUCUCCAUCUUCAGCCCUCUGUGGAUUCAGUCUCCUCGCGCCACGCACUGCUGCGUUCAUCCAGCAUGAGAGCGCUGCUUGGAAUAUUCAGUCGGGUCUCGCGCUAGAAAAAGUGAUUGCGGACCUCACUACCCCAAAAGGCACAUCUUUGCUAUAUAGACUGAAAACAAAUCAGGCAUUUCUGGAACUUUGUGUCUGUAAUAUGGCUCUGAACACGGAUGCCAAUGCACCUACUGCUGCCCCAAGUGUUGGCGAGGAGGAAGAACAGCAACAGACAGAACAAGGAACCAAUCCACAACCAAAUGGCGAUCUUGGCCAUGCCCCCAUCUCCUCUCAGCCAGUGAAGACGGAGCAAGUUUCACCCCCUGCCUCAGAGUCCACCUCCGCCCCAGAAGGCCCCACACAGUUGGACUCCCUGCCCAAAGAACACCUGACCGUCAUUGAUGAAAACAUGGAAAUAAGUAAUGGAGUCUGCUCCGUUGCUGUGGACACCUCUCCUCCUGCCUCUUCUCGUUCAUCUCCCCCUCGUCAGCAGCACACUAAGCAGAGUCAUGCUCAUGCUAAUGGUCAUGCUCGACUGGGCAGCCGCUCGGGGUCACUGAGCUAUGCUGGGUCACCUCGCCCAUCACUCACUCGUCAGCCCAGCGCCACCACCGAGGGGACUGGAGAAGGCCCCAAGCCCAACGAUUACCUCGUUCUGGCUAUACUCGCCUGCUUCUGCCCUGUCUGGCCCAUUAACAUUGUCGGCCUGACCUUCUCCGUUAUGUCUCGGUACAGUCUGCAGCAGGGGAAUGUGGAUGGGGGGCGGCGUCUCGGCCGCAACGCAAAGAUAUUGUCAAUUGUCUCAAUCGUGGGUGGAGUUCUUUUCCUCACCGCCGCCAUCAUCAUCAACUGGGGAUUUAUAUUAAAGUCCUGAGGGUUGCCAUGACAAUCAGGGCCGAGGAGGAAUUGCUGACCAACCACCCCAUCCAUGAUGAUCAUCAUCCUCUCUCAUGCUGCAUUUCCAGAUCAUUCUGAAUAACCUGGAGCUUUUUUAAGUUAUUUUCUACUUAUUCUGAAGACUCUGAAGCUGAACAACCCCAUUUUCAUCUGCCGAAGCAAAAUCAACACACCUUCCCAGCCUUUUGAAUGCAGGUAUAAUGACUGAAGCCAACGGAAUGGCAAUGUGCAUGUUUGUUUGUUUGUUUGUUUUCCAACAAAAGGACUAAUAUUUCUUAAUGAUGUCAGUGUGGAGGCUUCCAGUAUGAUCUCAUUUUCUGUCUCAAGUCACUUGGGUGUGUGUGUGUGUGUGUGUGUGUGUGUGUGUGUGUGUGUGUGUGUGUGUGUGUGUGUGUGUAUGCAGAGAAAGAGAGAGAGAGAAAGAGAGAUGAAAAGGAGCAAAUGAGCUUUAAGGAAGCUUUUUGUUUGGAGAACAAAUGAAAGAUGAUCUCUUGCCACCAAAGUUCAGUGGGUUCUGAAUAAUGGCAUCAGCUUCAUACAUAAAGAGAAUGGCACAGAUAAAAGGUUGAGAACAGUUGAUAUGUCUCUAAUGCAGAUUAACAUGAGAAAUGUACUGGUAGGUGGACUGGUGAACGGGAAUGAACAGAGGAUUUGAAAGCAGGUUUCUGCAGAAGUAAGUUUUCUUUUGGGUAUGAGAGUAAAGGAAAACACCGUAAGAAUCUGAUGAGAUGGGCUAGCAGAAUCUGGAGCAGAAUCUCCAGCCUAGGCUUUUCAUCUCUAUCAGACACAAUCACAAUCCCCAAAGAAGCAAGACCAUGAAAGAGACUAGUAGACACUCAUACAGCACCUCUCGCUAAAUCUGUCUGUCUCUCUAUCUGUCUAUCUAGCUAUCUGUUGAUCUGUUUACUUAGCUCAAAUAUGUACACCAUUUGCAAUUACACUUGAUUUGCAAUAGACAGACAGAUAGACUGAAAAAAUAGUGCAUUUAAAAUAUUUGAUUUAAAUGCGUACAUGAAUAAAAUAUAUUACAUCAAAACAGUUACUUCCCAAAGUAAACUGAAACACAAUAUUUAAUUGAUGUAAUAUGUUUUAUGUAUGGUAUAUACAACCUAAUUUAUUGUACUGAAUGCUUUUUGAAAUGACAGUUCAUUGAAUGUACUGUGUUCAAAUUUCUGUAUUAUUUACAAAAGUGAAAUGUAUUACUUUAACAUAGUUAUUCCAUUGCAAGUAAACUGAAUGAUAAUGUUGUACAUAUAUGUACACAUAUGAUUGACACUUUUAAAUCAAGUACAAGUCUGUCUAUCUGUCUACAGUACUAUCCAGAGACCACACGUAAUUAUUUAAUUUCAACUCAAACGGCCUUAAUGACAGUCUACACCUACAAAGCUCAGUCUUAUAAGUGGGAUGCAUUUUCUGCUUCUCACCAUCCAAACAAAACACAUUAAAUUAUGUUGAUAUCAGGACAGUCCAUUGAUCUGAGAACACCAGCAUCUUCAUUCUUUGAUUUGCAAAUGUUCUAAAGGGUGGUCUAACUUUUGCAGAGUAACCUAUCUAUCUAUCUAUCUGUCUAUCUGUAUGUCCAUCUGUCUGUGCUGAAUACAACUCGGGCUGGAAUUGUGUGAAAACAGGCUGGAUUUGUGGGAGGUGAAAAGCAGAGAGGGGGAAACGCAGGUGAACACACAGAGGCAUGUUAAGAUGAUGGUGAUUGGCUGUGUGAGGGUAACUAAAGCGCAUUGGAGGAUUUGGUGGU